AUGGGCGAGGGCGUGAUGUGUGCUGGAGCGAAGGAUUUGAGAGACCGAUUGCACACACCUUUCAAUUAUCGUGACCGUGGGCGAAACCAGCAGCGCUGCAACUGUGGCAGCCGUGAAGUCUGCCCUGAGCGAGCGCCAGUUAGGGCUGAGUUGGUGAUCUCCCGUUGUGCGACUAGAAUGAUAGCCAGCGAUGCGCUGUGGGGGAAUAUGCUCGGGGGCGCUCCCGACGCUGCAGAGGAUAAAGCGCCCUUCUCUUUCCAAAUCGAAUUACCAACCUCAAUUCUCAAACAUAUAUACGCAAUAUCUAACAGACUCCUCACAUCUAGGCUCUCCUCUGCGGAUCUGCGCCUUCCCCGGCCUCAAAUCCGUACCAAAGCCACGGCUCCUUCUAGACUUCCUGAUGCACGAAAUGAGCCAAACCCUACUUACGUAAAAGGGUCUUCUGAGCGCCUCAAGAUUGAGUCGGCCCUCUCCAAGCUCCGCUCACAGCUGCCCGUCCAGAGCUCCAUCUACUACAAUGGCAAAGUCCAGGCUGCCUGGAGAUCAUGGGAUCAGCCACUGCCCGCCGAACACGCUGCGAUUGAGUCGGCACUGAAAGCGAAGAAGGACUGGGAGAACACCCCCUUUAUUGACCGCGCUGCCAUCUUCCUUAAGGCUGCCGAGCUGGUGACGGGCAAGUACAGAUACGAGCUCAUCGCGGCCACGAUGCUCGGCCAGGGGAAGAAUAUCUGGCAGGCAGAGAUCGACGCCGCAGCUGAGCUGGCGGAUUUCUUUCGUCUCAACUGUAACUUUGCGGCGGAGCUGCUUGAGAGACAGCCGACUAGGGGGACAGUUGGGAUGUGGAGCCGCAUGGAAUAUCGCCCCCUCGAAGGCUUCGUCUACGCCGUCUCCCCCUUCAAUCUCACAGCCCUGGGUGGCUCCCUUCUGUCCGGCCCGGCCCUCAUGGGCAACGUGGUGCUCUGGAAGCCCUCGCCUCCCAACGUCUACACCAGCACACUAAUCUACAAGAUCCUCCUCGAAGCCGGUCUUCCAGCAGACGUGGUCCAGUUCGUCCCCGGCGCGCGGAAGAAAUCACCGACAUCGCGUUACAAGCGGGAAGAACUUCCUCCUCAUCCACCACACGGCCGACAUUCCCAGCGCCGUCAACCACACCAUCCGCGGUGCAUUCGAGUACCAGGGACAAAAGUGCUCGGCGACCUCGCGCGCAUACAUCCCAGCGUCCCGCGCGGCCGAAUUCAUCUCGCUCCUCAAGGCCGCGUGCAGGAGAUCACCAUCGGCAGCCCAGAUAAGGAGCUUGAGGCAUUUAUGGGCCCCGUCAUCCAUCGCCGCUCGUUCGACCAAAUCAAGCGUAUCAUCGACGAGAGCAACGAUGAUCCGUCACUGAACUCGAUCACCGGCGGGACAUACGAUGACUCCGUCGGCUUCUAUGUCCACCCUACCGUGUACCAGGCAAACGCGCCGACACACCGUCUUUUUGACGAGAUCUUCGGCCCCAUUCCGGCGCUCUAUGUCUAUCUAGACAAUGAGUGGAGCGAGAUCCUGGCCAAGGUCGACCAGGCUGGCGGUGGGUUUGCGCUGACGGGGCCCGUCUUUGCCACGGAUCGGAGAGUGAUCUGGGAGGCGGAGGAUGCAUUGGGAUACUCGGCUGGGAACUUUUACAUCAACUGCAAGACCACUGCUGCGCUGAUCGGCCAGCAGUUGUUUGGUGGUGCGAGGGCCAGCGGCACAAACGACAAGGCUGGAAGCUCCGAUAUUCUGAGACGGUUCCCCAGCCUGCGCAUGAUCAAGGAGUUCUUUCUGUUGGAGGGGUUCAAAUAUCCAAGUAACCAGUAG